AUGGGUGAUUUAUGUUCAGAAAGCGAAUUUACAUCAAUAGUUGAUCCACAUUUUUAUACUAUAAAAUACAAAGUAAAUGCAGUUAACACACACAACACAUUAACAAUCAGCUAUGAAAAAUUUGUAGAAAUAUUUCAAGAAAGUAAAAACGGUAGUUUUUAUCUAUGCAUAAUAUGUUACAUAUCAUCAAGUCGACAGUGUAUAUACUGCACACCGUUUUUGCAAUAUCCUCGCACGUUUAUACUGGAAACACCAAAAAGAUUUUAUUGCAUGCCGCAACCAAGUUUGUAUACCAAAAAAAACCACUCCUACUUUCAAUCAAUAAUUUGGUUUAUUCAUAAGGUGCACAAUAACGAGAUAAAUAACAUAGCUGUCCCCCAUAACUUGCAAUAUCCACAACGCUUGAUCUAUCGCCAAGCUCCAAUCUUCCGAAUACCUAAGCAUAUUAUUGACAUGGAGCAUUUGAAAUACUAUCAAUUUAUCAAUGACAAAUUCAAAGGUGGAUCUUUGAUGCAACAAAAAUCUGGGAAAUUGAGUUAUAUGCGAACACGAAUUCUAGGUGUAAAUGCCUCAGGUAUUCGAAUGACACUAACGAUCGACAAUAGUCUUGGUCCUAAUGACGUCAGCAUUCCUCAACAUAUGAUGGAUUCGUUGGACUUGGCUUCACCAUACGUUAUCAUCAAUCGAGAUCCAUCUAUCAACGACUGUGCUAUCUAUUCUUGCGAACUGUUGGGUUAUGAGAAUGAGAAUGACAAUACCAUCCAUGUGAAUCCAUUUGUACUGGAGGGGUUGCACGCUGACCAAGAUGGUGAUGACUUGAACGUUUAUUAUUUGAAGCGAGAAAAUGAAGUUCCAAGUUUGAUUAUGCUUCGAGCGAUAACGGAACUGUUGCAAUUUUCUUGGAAAUACGGACGACGUCGGAAUAUUUGCAAUAGGAGUCGUUACUCACUUGGUCAGUAUCAUUUGUUGCUGCUUCAAGUUUAUGACAAGUAUUUUCAAAGCAAAUCGAAGAUAUGGAAGAUUUUGUCGUCGAAGUAUAGUUCUACUCCGAAGAAGUCGAAUGUUCUUAUGCAACUUGGAUGCACUAUUUGGCGAGAUGAAGUUGAUGAGUUCUUAGAAGAACUCAGAAUUUUUGGGAUUAGAGUUCGUUUACCUCUUAUCACUUUUAAAGAAAUGAUUAAUGGAUGUGGUAUGCUGAUGCAUGUUAUUAAAUCUGGUGCCAAAGGAUCAAUGGAUCAUGUCAAAAUGUUUACGGAUAUACUGCAAGAGCGUGUAGAAAUUGGUGGCUCGGCAUAUGUUAAUAAUUUACGUGAGAGUUUCAAUAACUACGUCAAUGCGAGUAAAAGUAUAUCACUUUUGGGGCAGCAGUUAUUCAUUCUGUUGUCGAUUUUUCAGCCACUCUACCUAUUGCGAAAUGAUAUAUACAUGAAAAACGAUACCAGAAUUAUUUGUAAUGUUUCAAAGUGUCCGCUUUUUAACUUAUGGAGUUAUCAAAUGGAAGCUAUAAAUCUUGUAUUCGAUGAAUUGUUGAAGUAUUGUGAUGAUAACAGUGUUGAAAGUACUGAAGCAGAAGAAAUUUUCAAUGAUGAAGAAGUUAAUUUAGCGAAUGAGGUAUCGGAUGAGCAAGGAAAGAAAGUACUAGACGAAAGCCAUAAUGUACAGGAACAUCAAAUUGGUGCAAGAUAUUUUGAUUCGAAUAAUCGAUGCAUUGAAGUUGGCAAUGUGUCUAAUUUUAUAGCUCCAAGACCUCGCAAUACGCUAUAUUCUAUACGUGGAAAUUAUGUCAGCCCGAAUUUAGACAAAGCAACUGUUUUACCUAUGUUAUAUGGCCGAAUUCAUGAUUAUGUGUCUGAUAUACAUAGCAGUGCCGAGUUACAAGAGUACAUGAUAAAUGAUUCGUUGAAAGUUAUUCCACUAUUUGCAAAAUUACCUGAUAACUAUAAAAAAAGUGGUUUUAAAUUUGUGAAAAUUUUAAACUAA